CAGGCCAUCAAAGCGAUUUGGAAAGGCUCUGGCCUUCGUGACUCACGCUCCGGCACUUCGUCUGGGAAAGGCCGUGCAAUUGUUGUGACAACCUGCGUCCGGCACAGCACAUGCCGAGCGCUGGCCCGGUGUGAAGAGCACAUCAGCAAGAUGUCAGAGGUAGAAAAUACUUUCCGUAAAUUUGCAAUAUAUGGUGACACAUCUGCCAGUGGCAACGAUAUGACUGGGAAAAACUUCUCCAAGAUGUGCAAAGAGUGUGGCGUGAUGGAUGGGAAAGCCGUGACCAGCACUGACAUUGACAUCGUAUUCAACAAAGUCAAGACUAAGGGUGCCCGCACCAUCACCUUUGCUGAAUUCCAGCAAGCCAUGAAGGAGCUCUGUGGCAAGCGCUUCAAGGGCAAAUCACCAGAGGAAGCGCUGCAGGCUGUGUAUGGCCUCAUUGAGGGGAAGGAUCCCGGCAGCGUGGGUGCCACGAAAGCCACCAAGGUUGGUGGGGUCGAGAGGCUGACGGACACUAGCAAAUACACUGGAAGCCACAAAGAGCGUUUUGAUGAAAGUGGCAAAGGGAAGGGUCUUGCUGGGCGCCAGGAUCUGACAGACAACAGUGGCUACGUUGGAGCCUACAAGGGAGCUGGCACGUAUGACCAGAAGCACUAGGACUGAAACUGCUUAAGGAAACAAGGACUUUUCCCCUAUAACAUGGGAGGAGAAGCAAAUAAACAUCUCAUGCAAC